AUGCAGCUGAGUCGCGCUGGGCGCUCCCAGUUUCUUAUGGGAGUCAUGGAAGACCAAACUGAGGAUGACAGCUGCAGUAUCUACCCAAGCCUUGUCCCGUUUAGCAGUGAGAUCAAAGCAAAGAUGGAGCAAUUUGUGGACGAAAGCACAGAAGUCAGUUUGUGGGUCUCUAUGCUGGUGGGAGCCGCGACAGGAGUUUCAAUCAUGGGAGUUAUUAUCUUCCUUCUUUACAGAAGAUACAAAUUGUCAAAGGAGGAGGAUGGUGGCCCUCACUAUCGCUUCAGGAAGAGAGACAAGGUGAUGUUCUACGGCCGGAAGAUCAUGAGAAAGGUUCAGACACUGUCCACAGCCUCCGCCGCGAACUCCAGCUCAGCCCUUCGACAGAGAGUGAGGAAGAGGAUCAAAGUCAUGUCCAUAGCUCGAAAGUUCCUCCAAAUCCAGAAGGAGCCCCCUACCUUGCAGCCAAAGGAGCCUCCUCCCUGCCUGCUGGAGGCCGAUCUGACCGAGUUUGAUGUCCAGAACUCCCAUCUUCCGUCGGAGGUGCUGUACAUGCUGAAAAAUGUCAGGGUCCUGGGCCACUUUGAAAAGCCCCUCUUUCUCGAGCUGUGCCGUCACAUGGUGCUGAUCCAUCUUCACCAAGGGGAGGGACUUUUCCGGCCCGGGGACACGGAUGACAGCAUUUUUGUGGUCCAAGAUGGCCGUCUGGAGCUGUGCAUCCACGAGAGUGACGGUACGGAUGCUGUGGUGAAGGAUGUGCUUCCGGGGGACAGCGUUCACAGUUUGCUCAGCAUGCUGGACUUCAUCACCGGCCACCCAGCUCCUUACAAGACGGUCUCUGCCCGGGCGGCGGUCACCUCCACCGUCCUGCGUCUACCGGCCGCCGCCUUUCUGUCGGUUUUCGACAAAUACCCCGAGACCCUAGUUCGCGUCACCCAGAUCAUAAUGGUGCGUCUCCAGAGAGUGACUUUCCUUGCUUUACACAACUACCUCGGCCUCACCACUGAGCUCUUCAACCCGGAGAGUCAGGCCAUCUCCCUGGUGUCCGUGGCCAACGUCGUGGGUGAGGCUCAUCCACACAAAGGCUUCCGCAGGCAGAUGUCCCACUCCGACGAGACCGGCUCGGAAAAGUCUGACGCGGAAAAGUCCACCUCCUCUGAAACGUCCACACCAAAAAGCAAGAGAUCGGCUUCCCUCUGCAACCCAGCUACUUUUACAGGUGAAAUGUCAGGUGACCUCAACAGAAUGUAUGAGCGGGCCCAGUCUGCCAAAGAGGAUGGGAUGCCUCAAAGUUCUGUGAAGUCUAUUCUCAAGAAGAGCGUGACAAUGCAGUCGACCCCAUCUGCCGUCUACCAUUACAGCGACGACGGAGUGGGAGGAGGAAGCGUCCACCAUAACAAAGUCAAUGCUAUUUUCCAGGCAGCCAAAAAGGAUCUGCUGCAGAUCAUCCAACUGCAGGACCCCAGUCUGCUGGAGGGGAGGGUGACACUUCGCCAGGUCAAAGCUGGCUCAGUUGUAGCCCACCAAGGAGACCAGGACGUGAGCGUGGCGUUUGUAAUAUCAGGACUGCUCCAUGUCAGCCAGCGAAUGAUCGACCGCGAGGAGGAGAGCCUGCUUUUCGCCACCCACCCCGGAGAGAUGGUGGGUCACCUGGCUGUUCUCACGGGGGAGCCCCUCAUCUUCACCGUGCGAGCCCACCGGGACUGCACCUUCCUCUCCAUAUCCAAGGCCCACUUCUACGAAAUAAUGCGUGAGGAGCCGAGGGUGGUGCUGAACGUGGCUCACACCGUGGUUAGGAGGGUGUCGCCGUUCGUCAGGCAGAUCGAUUUUGCCUUGGACUGGAUGGCAGUGGAGGCCGGCCGUGCCGUCUACAGACAAGGGGACAAGCCGGACAGCACCUACAUCGUCCUCAGCGGCCGACUGCGCUCCGUCAUAGCUAAGGACAACGGGAAGAAGGAGCUGGCCGGGGAGUAUGGCCGCGGGGAUCUGAUCGGCGUGGUGGAGGCCCUGACGCACCUGGACCGAGCCACCACCAUCCACGCGGUCAGGGACUCGGAGCUGGCCAAGCUGCCCGAGGGAGCUCUGAACUCCAUCAAGAGGAGGUAUCCUCAGGUCGUCACCAGGCUGAUCCACGUGCUGGGACAGAAGAUUCUGGGCAAAAUGCAGCAGGUCAACGGGCCCCUGGCAGGCCGUACUCUCCAGACACCCAUGAGUAAGUGGGACACAGGGAAUCCAGAUUCCAAUCUGUCCACUGUGGCCAUCUUGCCUGUGUCAGAGGAAGUGCCCCUCACAGCCUUCACUCUAGAGCUACAACACGCACUGAGUGGCAUCGGCCCUGCUCUCCUCCUGACCAGCGACAACAUCAAACAGAGACUGGGCUCGGCCGCCCUGGACAGUAUCCAUGAAUACCGGCUGUCCAGCUGGCUGGGUCAGCAGGAGGACAUCCACCGCAUCGUCCUGUACCAGUCGGACUCCGGGCUGACGCCGUGGACGCAGCGCUGCAUCCGCCAGGCCGACUGCAUCAUCAUCGUGGGACUGGGCGAGCAGGAGCCCACGGUGGGCGAGCUGGAGCGGAUGCUGGAGAGCAGCUCGGUGCGGGCCCAGAAGCAGCUGGUGCUGCUGCACAGGGAGGACGGCCCCCCCCCCAGCGGCACGGCCGAGUGGCUCAACAUGCGGAGCUGGAUCUCCAGACACCACCACCUGUCCUGCCCCCGCCGGGUGUUCUCCAAGAGGAGCCUACCCAAGCUGAGGGAGCUGUACCAGCGCGUGUUCGAGAAAUGUCCCGACCGGUUCUCCGACUUCUCCCGCCUGGCCCGGAUCCUGACCGGGAACAGCAUCGCCCUGGUGCUGGGCGGAGGGGGCGCCAGAGGCUGCUCUCAGGUGGGCAUCCUGCGCGCGCUGAACGAGGCGGGGAUCCCCAUCGACAUGGUCGGCGGGACCUCAAUCGGCGCCUUCAUGGGAGCGCUGUACGCCGACGAGAAGAGCAACAGCCGGAUGAGGGUCCGGGCUCGGGAAUGGGCCAUGGAAAUGACUUCUCCCUUUAAGAAAAUCUUGGAUCUGACCUACCCCGUCACCUCCAUGUUUUCUGGAGCCUCUUUCAACUCCGGAAUCAGCUCGAUCUUCCAGGACCAACAGAUAGAGGACCUGUGGUUACCGUACUUCGCCAUUACUACAGACAUCACAGCUUCCUCUAUGAGAGUUCACACAUACGGUUCAUUGUGGCGUUACGUGCGAGCCAGUAUGUCCCUGUCCGGCUACCUGCCGCCUCUUUGCGAUCCCAAAGAUGGACACCUGCUCAUGGACGGAGGGUACAUCAACAACCUUCCCGCUGACGUGGCUCGCUCCAUGGGGGCCAAAGUCGUGAUCGCCAUCGACGUGGGAAGCCGGAACGAGACCAGCCUGACCAACUACGGCGACUACCUGAGCGGCUGGUGGCUGCUGUGGAGGCGGCUGAAUCCCCUGGCCGAGAAGGUCAAGGUCCUAAACAUGGCGGAGAUCCAAACCCGGCUGGCCUACGUGUGCUGCGUCCGGCAGCUGGAGCUGGUCAGAGACUGCGAGUACUGCGAAUACAUCCGGCCGCCCAUCGACCGCUAUGGCACCCUGGACUUCGGCAAGUUUGACGAGAUCGCUGAGGUGGGCUACCAGCACGGGAAGACCCUGUUCGACGUGUGGCACCGCAGCGGCGUGGUGGACAGCAUGAUGAAGGACCGGCACCAGGAGGAGUUCCACAGGACAAAGGCCGGCGGUCACGUGGUCACGUGUCCAAACGCUUCCUUCACUGACCUGGCAGAGAUUGUGUCAAGAAUUGAGCCCGUGAAGAACGCCAUCAUAGAGGAGGAGCCGUCCGAUGACUACCAGACAGACUACGACGAAGAGGCCGUGGAGAGCGCGCUGUCCGACCUGGAGGCCUUCACCCCCGGUAGCGAGCACACGGAGGGAGAGGAGACGGCAGACACAGGCGAAACGGACGAGGAAGUUCCAGUCCGACGUCGACCAAAGGCUGCUUCAUAG